GCUGAGAUUGACUGGCUGGACCUGCCCGGGCGGUGGGCCUACGGAGUGGACAGCGGUGGGAGAAUCUUCUUCAUCAAUGAUGAGGAAAAGGCAACCAGCUGGGUGCACCCUGGAACGAAGUCACCCAUUCAGAGUGGACAUACCUCCGGCCCAGGUUUGCCCAAGGGCUGGGAGAUGGAUUCCACCAAGGAAGGAGCUGUGUAUUUCAUCAACCACAAUGAAAGACGGAACACAUUUCUACACCCAGUGACUGGCCAGGUCCCAGAGGAGAACAAAAAAUUUGACUUGAAAACAUCGGCUUUGGACAUGUCCAAUAAAACAGGUGGGAAACGCCCGGCCACCACCAACAGUGACAUAUCCAACCACAACAUGGUGUCCGAGGUCCCUCCAGAGCGGCCCAGCGUCCGGGCAACUCGAACAUCCCGCAAAGCCGUCGCCUUCGGCAAGCGCUCACACUCCAUGAAGCGAAACCCUAAUGCCCCCGUCACCAAGGCGGGCUGGCUCUUCAAACAGGCCAGCUCUGGGGUUAAGCAGUGGAACAAGCGCUGGUUCGUCCUGGUGGAUCGUUGCCUCUUCUACUACAAAGAUGAGAAGGAGGAGAACGUCCUGGGCAGCAUCCCCCUCCUGAGCUUCCGGGUAGCAGCGGUGCAGCCCUCAGACAACAUCAGCCGGAAACACACAUUUAAGGUGACUGUGUGCUGGGUGGAUGAGGCCGGAGCCAGUUCCACGCACUGCCUCUCCCCACAGGCUGAGCAUGCCGGUGUCCGCACCUACUUCUUCAGUGCCGAGAGCCCUGAGGAGCAGGAGGCCUGGAUCCAGGCCAUGGGGGAGGCUGCCCGAGUACAGAUCCCUCCAGCCCAGAAGUCGGUGCCCCAAGCUACACGCCACAGCCAUGAGAAGCCAGACUCGGAGAACAUCCCACCCAGCAAACAUCACCACCAGCCACCCCACAACAGCCUCCCCAAGCCUGAGCCCGAGGCCAAGACUCGAGGGGAGGGUGACGGUCGAGGCUGUGAGAAGGCAGAGAGGAGGCCUGAGCGGCCUGAAGUCAAGAAAGAGCCUCUGGUGAAAGCCAAUGGCAUCCCAACUGGACCAGAGCCAGCCUCAGAGCCGGGCAGCCCUUACCCUGAGGGUCCAAGGGUGCCAGGGGGUGGGGGUGGGGAGCAGCCUGCUCAGGCCAAUGGCUGGCAGUACAGCUCCCCAAGCCGGCCGGGGAGCACGGCUUUCCCACCUCAGGACGGAGAGAGUGGGGGACACCGGCGGAGCUUCCCGCCACGCGCCAACCCUGACAAAAUUGCCCAGCGCAAGAGCUCCAUGAACCAGCUCCAGCAGUGGGUGAACCUGCGCCGGGGGGUGCCCCCACCUGAAGACCUUCGGAGUCCCUCUAGGUUCUACCCUAUGUCCCGCAGGGUUCCUGAGUAUUAUGGCCCCUACUCCUCUCAAUACCCCGACGAUUACCAAUACUACCCACCAGGGGUGCGGCCGGACAGCAUCUGCUCCAUGCCCGCCUACGAUCGGAUCAGCCCACCCUGGGCCCUGGAGGACAAGCGCCACUCCUUCCGCAACGGGGGUGGCCCUGCCUACCAGCUGCGUGAGUGGAAGGAACCCACCAGCUACGGGCGGCAAGAUGGCACCGUCUGGAUCCCCAGCCCUUCCCGGCAGCCAGUCUACUAUGACGAGCUGGAUGCUGCCUCCAGCUCCCUGCGCCGCCUGUCCCUGCAGCCCCGGUCCCACUCCGUGCCCCGCUCGCCCAGCCAGGGAUCCUACAGCCGCGCCCGCAUUUACUCCCCAGUCCGCUCACCCAGUGCCCGAUUUGAGCGGCUGCCACCUCGCAGUGAAGACAUCUAUGCUGACCCCGCUGCCUAUGUGAUGAGGCGAUCCAUCAGCUCCCCCAAGUAUGAUUACCUGGGAGACAGGCGGCCAGUCCCUGCAGGACUGUUCCCCUACAACUACCCACCAUCCCCCACGGUUCACGAUAAGAUGGAUGAACUUUUAGAUCUUCAGUUGCAAAGAAACCUAGAGUAUUUGGAUCAGCAGAUGAGUGAGAGCGAGACUCUCAUCAGUAUGGUGAACCGCAUUGUGGAAAACUCCUCCCCCAGGGCCCAACUCUUCAUGCAAGUCCCUCCAUACCCAGAAGUGUUCCGGGACAGCAUCCACACCUACAAGUUAAACGAGCAAGACACAGACAAGCUGCUGGGCAAAUUGUGUGAGCAGAACAAGGUGGUGAGAGAGCAGGACAGGCUGGUGCAGCAGCUCCGAGCUGAGAAGGAGAGCCUGGAAAGUGCCUUGAUGGGGACCCACCAGGAGCUAGAGAUGUUUGGAAGCCAGCCUGCCUACCCAGAGAAGCUGCUGCAUAAGAAGGAAUCGCUGCAGAACCAGCUCAUCAACAUCCGUGUGGAGCUGUCUCAGGCAACCACGGCCCUGACAAACAGCACCAUAGAGUAUGAGAACCUUGAGUCCGAGGUCUCCGCCCUGCACGAUGACCUCUGGGAGCAGCUCAAUUUGGACAUCCAGAAUGAGGUGCUCAACCGGCAGAUCCAAAAGGAGAUCUGGAGAAUCCAGGAUGUGAUGGAGGGGCUCAGGAAGAACAACCCCUCCCGAGGCACAGACACAGCCAAGCACAGAGGGGGACUUGGCCCCACAGCCACCUACAGCUCCAACAGCCCAGCCAGCCCCCUCAGCUCUGCCAGCCUCACCAGCCCCCUGAGCCCCUUUUCACUUGUGUCAGGCUCUCAGGGGUCCCCCACCAAGCCUGGAUCCAAUGAGGAACCUGGCCCGCCUCGGCCUCCCCUCCCCAAAGCCUACGUCCCCCUGGAGUCUCCUCCCACCGUCCCUCCACUCCCUAGUGAGAGCCGCUUCUGGCCAUACCCCAACUCCCCUUCCUGGCACCGCAGUGGCGAGACAGCCAGGGGUCAGCCCAAGUCGAGCUAUGAGCAAAGCAAGAAAGAUCCCCAGCAAACAUCACCCCGGGACACUCCCAGAGACAUCAGCCUUGUGCCUACCAGGCAAGAGGUAGAAGCGGAGAAGCAGGCAGCUCUCAACAAAGUUGGCGUCGUGCCCCCUCGGACAAAGUCACCCGCUGAUGAAGAGGUGACUCCGUCAGCAGUGGUGAGGAGGAGUACCAGUGGGCUCCCCAACGGCCUCUCCUCCCAGGAACGCCCCAAGAGUGCUGUGUUCCCUGGCGAGGGGAAGGUCAAGAUGAGCGUGGAGGAGCAGAUUGACCGAAUGCGACGACACCAGAGUGGCUCCAUGAAGGAGAAGCGGAGGAGCUUACAGCUCCCAGCCAGCCCUGCCCCCGACCCCAGCCCCCGGCCUGCCUACAAAGUGGUGCGCCGCCACCGUAGCAUCCAUGAGGUGGACAUCUCCAACCUGGAGGCAGCCCUGCGGGCAGAGGAGCCUGGUGGGCAGGCCUAUGAGACACCCCGGGAGGAAAUUGCCCGGCUUCGCAAAAUGGAGCUGGAGCCGCAGCACUAUGACGUGGACAUCAAUAAGGAGCUCUCCACCCCAGACAAAGUCCUCAUCCCCGAACGGUACAUUGACCUGGAGCCCGACACUCCGCUGAGCCCCGAGGAGUUGAAAGAGAAGCAGAAGAAGGUGGAGAGGAUCAAGACACUCAUUGCCAAAUCCAGUAUGCAGAACGUGGUGCCCGUCGGCGAGGGGGACUCUGUGGACGUGCCCCAGGACUCAGAGAGCCAGCUGCAGGAGCAGGAGAAGCGGAUUGAAAUCUCCUGCGCCCUGGCGACCGAGGCCUCCCGCAGGGGCCGCAUGCUGUCUGUGCAAUGUGCCACCCCAAGCCCUCCCACCUCCCCUGCUUCCCCGACUCCACCAGCCAACCCCCUAUCGUCUGAAUCCCCACGGGGCACCGACAGCAGCCAUACCAUGCGGGUCUGAGCUCUGACUGCAAGCCCUGGCUGAGGCCAAUGCUGUGAAGCUCCACAGAGCCACAUUCUGAAGCCGUCCUCUACCCAUCUGAGGUCCUGGCUCCUCACCCUGGCCCCCUGCGCCUGCGCUCCCAUGGGGAUGCCGCCGGGAGCCAGGUUGGGGGCCAGGGGCUGCUGCUGAGAGGAGUGUGGGUACCUCGGUGUCCACACGCCCACUGCGCCUAGCCCGGAAGCCCUCGCUACUCAUAUUGUGGUCCUAGGCCAUGGCCUGAGGUGGCAGGUGGGCAGCGCCAUCCUUGUGAGUACCUGAGUCAUGGGAAGCCUCGGCCUGGCUCUGGCUGGAGUUGUGAUGACCCUACUGGAACAUAACCUGUUGAAGAACAUGCCCUGGUGGGGAACACGCCCGUGACUACCUUAGGUCAGGACUAGAGGUGAAGAGAAGAUGGACACUGCCUCUCAGAGCCUGCUGGACACCAAGGACAGCCCCUGCCACCCUCGCCUUCCCCAUCAGCCCCACCCUGCUACCCCAGCUAUAUCCAGGGCUUGACAUGUCUCUGCUUAUGGGUGCUUGCUGGGGUCCAGUGGAGACUGACCACCCUACUUGAGCCAAAAACAAGAUGAGAGAUAGGGAGAGGUUCCUGGGUGCCCUGAGGGGACAGUGCUGGCCGUGGCUAGAAAACAGCAGGUCUGUGCAGCGUCUGAGGGCAGGUUGGGAAGGGUAGCGGAAAGACGGGGAAGAGAUUCUUGGAGAGUAGAAGGAGGGGAAAGUGGCAGGAGACGUUGGCAAGUAAAGAGGGAAGGAGAGAAGCAGAAAGUGGGUAUUGGAUUGGUUUUCCCAGGUGGAGCCUUAGGUUAGUGCCCAGUGCAGUGCCAGACUAUCACCUCUGCCCCUCCGCUCUCAUCCCCAGGAGGACCCACUGGUGGAGCAGACGGUGGCCUCAGCAGAGGUGCUUGGUGUGGAGAUCCAGGUGUAGGGUAAAGGGAGCCAGGUGGCAACUGUCUGGGAGAUGGCUCUUUGUAGGUCUGCACCUGUGGUCUGCCUCCCCAUCCUGCUGUGAGAGGCAGAGAGGAGGACUUGGCUUAGGUAGCGUGUGGUCAGCCUUGGGGACUUACCUAACCAGCUUGGUGAUAUCCUUUUGCCCCGUUCCCCCUGGAACAUGCAGUGGGCCAGCUGAGAGUGUGCCCAGGGCAGUGGGGAUGAGGCCAAAGUCCCCGGGGCCAGAUUCUAGGCACCUGCCCCUCUUUUCAAGCAUCCCAGAUAAGGACCCACUGAGGCUUGGCUUUCUUACAGUUGACUUGCCCAGGGAGGCUGGGGGGAGAGACAGAAAAGCAAAGCUCAUUCUUCCUCUUCACCCACCUUGAGAUGAAUGUAGCCAGAGAGGAGGAUGGAGAGUGGAGCUAGAGACACCUUGGCCCCUAAGCCUUCUCUUUGCCAGAGUUGCUGCCCAGAGACUUCAGCCUGACCACCAGCGGCCCCUAAGAGCAGCAACUGUAUCUUCUACCAGUUCCUCUCCACUCCUUCAUGACUGGGACAGUUACUGGUUCAUAUGCAAGUAAAGACGACAAUUCACUCAACAAAUAUUUAUCGAGCACCUUUUAUAUACCAGGCACUGUUCUAGGUGCUUAGGAUAUUCCCAUGUGCCCGAGGGAUUACAGACCAGGAGGAUUCCACCUAUUCUCACUUCUAGCAGGUUUUUUGAACAUGACCCAUGGCUACAUUUUCCAUCUUCACAGCUCAAGCAUCCCAAAUCUGUUCUUUCUCUCCUGCAGACUGGUAGGUGGGAUUGGCUCCCAGGCCACCCUCCCUCCCUCUUUCCACAACACCUUUCUCCCUCCACAGGAAACAGAUUUUUCAGGGCCCGCCAUGCCUGCUCCUUCCUUUGUCUGUCUUUCCUUUUUUAUUUUAAAGUAAUAUUUUUAGAAAUACAUGUAAAAUACCAAGAAAUAUUGUCCACGCCUCUGCCUGCCUCUCACCUCCUAUUUCAUAAAGCUGGCUCUUUAUGUUGCUUUACAUGCCUUAAUAUAUGUUUUGUGGAGAUUUUACAUAUUAUAGAUCUAUAUGUAAUAUAUAUAUAUAUAUUUGUUUGGAUGUCUGAUCUUUUCCUACAGCUUCUACCCAGGCCUGUUUUCUCUCCCUUAUCUUCACACCAUUCCUAGCAUAUCAAGGCCACACCCCUUGCCUUUUGGAUCCAAAGAAGAGGAGAGGAAAGACUUAUUUUAAGACAGAGCUAUUUUAUGCUUUUGUUAAAAAAGCAAAUCUAUUUUCAAAAUGUGCAAUGUCUGAAUGGAAGUGGCAAAUAAGAUGAGGGGACGGGGGUGCUGCCUCUAGGCCCCACCACGUGCCCUCCCCUCUGCCCUAUCAGCUCUCUUCCAUGCCUUUCCCUGUCAGCAAAGGGCUGGUCCCCAGAGCUCACCCAGGGAGCAUCUCACCGCCAGGACAGGGCACUCCCUCAGAAGUCGUGAGUCUAAGGAUCUGAUGACAUUGUCAUUCUUGGUGAUCCUCUGAGGAUUGUCACAUACAAAUCCUCUUGGAACUGUUUACAGUUGCACAAAGGACACCUGUGCAGACACAUGCCCCCCUCCCCCAGAUGGGCUGCUGGGCCCCCUCUCCUCAUUAGCCUGCUGGAAAAGGGCAGACGGUCUAAUGGCAGCUUAUGUCGAACAGCACUGAGGAUGUCGGUCUACUCCUUGAUGGACUCAUGAGACGGCGCAGAGCCCAGAGGAAGCGGCUUGGGAUCCUCUCUGUACCAGCCCUUUAGAGCAGAUAUGUAUGAGUUCCUUGGGCUUCUCCACUCCCUUUCACUUGAUCCCUGUCUGGUCUGGGUCACAUCUACGGCAUCUGUCUCCCUCUGUGACCCUUCUCUCUGGGGACUACUGCUUUUAAGGGAAUGGUACCUUGGUCUGGCAUCCAGACUGUGACAUCCGCUUCUGGGCUGAGGAGGGUCCUAUCGACAAUGUGACAUCGCAGCCUUGCCCAAGCAAGCCCCAGGACUCCUCUGGCAGGCUGCUGCUGGGGUGCUGAACUAAACCAGCUUGCCUUCCAAACUUCGCAUCAGCCAUGGAAGUGGGCAAGGGGGGCUCUUGCCUUGCAAGGAUUUGGGCAGGAUGGAAGUCUUUGUCCAGACCUGAAAUCAAGGGUUUGGAAUCUAGCACAGAGUUCCUGGCCAGCGUUUGAAGCCUGACCUCCUACCUUGGGCACUUACUGGCACCCUGUUCCCAGCCUCGAGCAUCCUCCUAUGAAUGAACAGGGCCCAGACGGGGGCCAGGGCUCAAUAGCCCACCCAGAGAAGCCCUGGUUAUUCCUCCAGGGCCUUCUCAAUUAGCACAUGACCUCCCUGAUCAAUAACCAAGAGGCUGCAAUCAAACACUGCUACUGUCACUUUAAAGAUUUUCUGAGAUUGCAAGCUGUACACUUCCUGUCCCGCCUUUGUGAGAGGCAUGUCCUUGGGGCAGAGCUGAUACAGCAAGAGGGAACCAGUUCCUUUCCCCCUUUCAGCCCUCCACCUGGCAGCUCUUAAAACUAAGGAAAAAUAUUAAAUAUACAUAUAUAUAUGCAUAUAUCUAUUUAUGCACAUAUUGGGGCCAAUUUGAUUUGCUAGUAUUAGACAAUAAACCAUACAAGGAAAUUUAUGAUCUCAGUGUCUUUAUUUAGUAUAAAGUGACCUUAGAAGAAGAGUGAAGUUUAGACAGAAAGCAUCUCUGUUGGGGGACCAAGCAGCUGUUGCAUUCCCUUAGCAUCUUUCUAGCCAGUGCCCCCGCUCCCUGAGGAUGAUGGGGCAGCCUGACUGAAAUAGGUGAGAGCUUGCUUCCUCCUUUCAGCUGCAUUCUUCUUAGAUUUAGGUACCGAAGAAUCCCAGUGAGUUCUGCAUUUGUAUCUUGUAAGUUUGUAUAAACCAAAUACAAGAAAUAAAAUUCACGGUUUGCA